AUGAACGAAACAUCUCUACAGCAGAUGUUUGCUCUAGUCCCCUCUGUACUGUCUUGCUAUAUUCAAUUUGCCCUUGGAAUCCUAGCGACUGUGCUCAAGCUUGUUUGCAAAGCUUGCAUUACCUGGCCCUUGGCGGUUGAAAUGCAACAAUAUUCUGCCCUAAUUCACGCACAACACCCAACAAUUCAAGGCGCGUUUGGGUUUAUUGACGGCCUCAGCCUCCCUGUUGGCACAAGUGCCAACCCCAAGAUCAAACAAGCAACAUACAACGGCUGGCUCCAUGACCACAGGAUAACCAACGUUAUCAUGUUUGCUCCCAAUGGGUGUAUUCUCAGCGCCCAAGUCAACACGCCUGGGAGUUGGCAUGACUUGCGCACUGCCGGCCACAUAUACACACAGCUAAAGGACAAGACCCUGACCAGCUUUUUCCUCAUUGCCAACACUGCAUUCCCUUGA